CACAUCAUUGUCUAUUUCACAACUUUCCGUGCACUUCAAUGAGGACACGCUACAGUUUAUAGAAUGGAGUUUCGUGUAAAUCGGUGGUGUUUAUUUAGUCUAAUCAGUUUUUGCACUCUUGUUGAAAAAAAUGAAGGCAUCACCCGAACUUUCUUUAUUGGGAUAAGAGAAGAGAACUGGGAUUAUGCACCAGGUGGUUAUAACCACAUAAACGGGACACCAGUUACUCAGAAUGAGCAUGCAUCACUGUUCAUGCUUCAAGGUCCCCAUCGGAUUGGCCAUGUGUAUAAGAAAGCCAUAUACAGGCAGUACACAGAUGCGACAUACACACAGGAGAUCCUCAAACCCACUUGGCUGGGUUACCUGGGACCUGUAAUUCGGGCUGAGGUUGAAGACGUCAUAGUGAUCCACCUGAAGAACUUUGCCUCCAGAAGAUAUUCAAUUCACCCACAUGGAGUCCACUAUGAGAAAGAUUCAGAGGGGGCCCUAUAUCCAGAUGGAACUUCUGGAGCAAAUAAACUGGAUACUCCUGGUGGUACAUACACUUGUACAUGGACAGUGGAGCAAAAGUUUGCACCCACUAAAGGAGAUCCCAAUUGUCUGACUUGGGCUUACCAUUCACAUGUGAUGGCCUUCAAAGACAUCUCUUCUGGACUCAUAGGUGCCCUACUGACUUGCAAGAAAGGUAUCCUGCAGUCUGUUUCUGAAGCAAGGCAUUUCCAGGGAUCAUCAGGGCUUACCUACUCUCAGGUGCAAAGAACAGAUGUGGAUAAGGACUUCCUCCUCUUGUUCAGUGUGGUGAAUGAAAACUUGAGCUGGUACCUAGAUGAAAACAUUCAAAAAUUCUGUUUUGAGCCAGCUGAUGUUGAUCCCUCUGAUCCAGACUUCCAACAUUCUAAUCAGAUGAACGCUAUUAAUGGAUAUGUGUAUGGGAACCUUCCUGGGAUUGAGAUGUGCCAGAACAAAAAAGUUUCAUGGCAUUUUAUUGGCAUGGGCAAUGAGGUGGACAUCCACUCGGCACAUUUUCAUGGGCAAACGUUGCUGAUUCAAGGACAUCGUGUUGACAGUGUCAGUGUGCUUCCUGCCUCUUUCAUGACUGCAGAGAUGGAGCCCUUAACACUAGGAAGAUGGCUGCUGAACUGUAAGGUUAACAGCCACAUGCAAGAUGGUAUGCAGGCACUGUUCCAUGUUUCACUGUGUGCUGGGAAGACAAACUCAUCACUCUUCAUUGCUGCUGAUCUGGUUCGAUGGAACUACGCCCCAUCAGGGAUAGACAGUCUGACUAAGGUUUCACUGACUGAAAGUGGGAGAGAUUCAGAGCUGUAUUUCAGGAAGGAUAAUGGUCAUCUUGGUGGAGAAUAUGCCAAGGUGGUAUAUAGAGCAUACACUGAUCACACUUUUACCAAAAAGAUCAGCACGGAUGCACACCUGGGCAUACUAGGUCCUGUACUAAGAGCUGAGGUUGGGGAUACUUUACAGGUCACAUUUCUGAACAAAGCUGAUAGAAAUUACAGCAUCCAGCCCCAUGGCCUGCAGUACACAAAGUCAUCUGAGGGAGCUGAAUAAGAGGAUGAUACAGAGAAAAAGGGUUCUCACGUGCAUCCAGGAGGUUCCUUCAACUACACAUGGCAUGUGAGAGAGGGACCAUCUAAGAGUGACCAGUCCUGCAUCUCUUACCUGUACUUCUCCUCAAGUGACCCUGUCAGAGACACCAACUCUGGCCUCUUUGGACCCCUGCUUGUGUGUAAGAGAGGUACACUGAGCUCCAAAAAUACCCAGACGGAUGUGGACAAAGAGUUCUUCCUGCUCUUUUCUGUGAUGGAUGAAAACCUGAGCUGGUAUCUGGACAAGAACAUUCAGAUAUAUGGGACAAAUGAAUCUGACCCAGAGAAUGAAGGAUUUCAGGAAAGCAACAAGAUGCAUUCGGUGAAUGGCUACAUGUACGGGAAUCUACCAGGACUGGAGAUGUGUGCAGGUGAACGGGUCAGGUGGCACCUCUUUGGACUUGGCACAGAAGAGGAUAUGCAUGGGAUUUACUUCCAGGGGAACACCUUCAGCAGAGACAGCACAACUCGUGACACCCUUGCUGUGUUUCCACACACUGCUGUCAGGGUUUUUAUGAAACCAGAUACAAUUGGGCUUUUUGAGGUGAGCUGCAAAGUGAGUGACCAUUACAUGGGAGGGAUGAGGCAGCAGUACAGAGUGAAGAAUUGUGGACACAGCUCGUCUGCUCAUCCCUCUGCUCCCACAGCGCACUACUACAUCUCUUCAGAAGAGACAGAGUGGGACUACUCACCAAAUCGCACCUGGGAGCUCCAGAACUUCAACACCACAGAGGAAAAUAGUCCAGGCAGUAUAUUUGUGGGGACUGGUGAGAAUAGGCUUGGCUCCAAAUAUAAAAAAGUGGUUUAUAGAGAGUACACUGAUGCCACCUUCAGCACCAGGAAGCAGCGGCAGUCUUCCGAGAAACAUCUGGAAAUUCUGGGUCCAGUCAUCAGAGCAGAGGUCGGUGAAGUUCUUCAUAUUACAUUUCUUAAUAAGGCUAGCCGUCCAUACUCUAUUCAGCCUCAUGGAGUGAAGACUUCACCUCAGAAUCCAAAACCUGUGUUGCCUGGAAGAAUGGGUACAUACCAAUGGAUUAUUCGAGAGAGUUCUGGCCCAGGCGUCUCUGAUCCAAACUGCAUCACAUUUGCUUACUACUCCACUGUGAACUUCAUUAAGGACACAGUCAGUGGGCUAAUUGGACCCCUGGUGAUCUGCAGGAAAGGGACACUAGACCAGAGAAGAAAAAGACAAGAUGUGGAUGCAGAGUUUGCUCUCCUUUUCUUUAUCUUUGAUGAGAACAUGUCAUGGUACCUGGAGCAAAACAUUAAAACCCACUACAACAGCUCAAAACCAUUGAUCAGAAAUGAUGACUUUGUAGAGAGCAAUAAAAUGCAUGCAAUUAAUGGCAAGGUGUAUGGAAACCUUCAGGGAUUGAACAUGCAAGUAGGGCAGAAGGUAAACUGGUAUCUGCUUGGGAUGGGUAAUGAAGUGAAUCUGCACACAGUACAUCUACAUGGCCAGACCUUCAUCUACAAGACAGACCUGCCCCACCGGGCCGAUGUGUUUGACUUGUUUCCAGGCAUAUUUCAGACACUGGAGAUGAUGGCAGAGACUGAGGGAACGUGGCUGCUGCACUGCCAUGUGGAUGACCACAUCCAUGCAGGCAUGGAGACCACCUACACCAUCAAAAGUGUUACACCCUCCAAGCCAGAUCCCAGAGAAGCCACAGCUGGAUGGAUUGUUGCAUGCAAUGCACAGACUAACUGACAGCCCUUAGACAGAAAUCUGGCUGACUGACCGAGAUAGAGCGGUGAUGAAUUUGUGUUGUGAAGGGCCUAUAAAACAAACCUUCCAGACCUGAGGGCGAGUGUCCAAAAUUUUUGUUUUUGUUUUAUAUCAUUUAUUACUAUUAUGUUUUAAUAUCAUUUCUACAUAUUUUAUCACUCUAUGUGUACUAAUAAGAAAUGAAAAAUAUUGACCGUUGUACCUUUAAUGUGCUUGUUCUAAUAUGCUGUUUUUUCUGUAGUAACAUCUUAUACAAAGGGACUUGUAUGGCAGGUGCUCCACAUAAUCUAAGAGUAACAAUAAACAAAUAAAAAAUGUUUUUUUUUUUUUGUUUUUUUUUAUUAAAUAAUUUUUGUUAGGAUAAAUAUAUUUGACAUUUAUAGAAGGAGUCUUUAGUGUCAGUUGCAAAGUUUCUGAGCAUGCUUUUUGGAGAUAAUGGUCUCUGGUUUCUCUGUAAAAUGACAAGUUGCGGUUUUUGAGAGAGAGAGAGAGAGAUGCUGGUGAGGGAACAACUGUAUUGUUGAUAUACACCGAUCAGCCACAUAACAUUAAAACCACUGACAGGUAAAGUGAAUAACAUUGAUUAUCUCAUUACAAUAGCACUUGCCAAGGGGUGAGAUAUAUUAGGCAGCAAGUGAACAGUCAGUUCUCAAAGUUGAUGUGUUGGAAGCAGGAAAAAUGGGCAAGCGUAAGGAUCUGAGUCACUUUGACAAGGUCAAAUUGUAAUGGCUAUAGAUGACUGGGUCAGGGCAUCUCUAAAACGGCAGGUCUUGUAGGUGUUCCUGGUAUGCAGUGGUUAGUACCUACCAACAGUGGUCCAAAGAAGGACAACCAGUGAACCAUCAACAGGAUCAUGGGCACCCAAGUAUCAUUAAUGCAUGUGGGGAGUUGGGCUAGCUGAGAAAGUUAAUGCUGGCUGUGAUAGAAAGGUGUCAGAACAUACAGUGUAUUGCAGCUUGCUGCAUAUGGGGCUCUGUAGCUGCAGACCGGUCAGAGGUCAGAGUACCCAUACUGAUCCCUGUCCAAUGCCGAAAGUGCCUACAAUGGGCAUGUGAGCAUCAGAACCGGACCAUGGAGCAAUGGAAGAAAGUAGCUUUGUCCGCUGAAUGACAUUUUCUUUUACAUCAUGUGGACAGACGGGUGUGUGUGUGCGUCACAUACUUGGGGAAGAGAUGGCACCAGGAUGCACUAGGGGAAGAAGGCAAACUGACAGACAGUGUGAUGCUCUGGGAAAUGUUCUGCUGGGAAACCUUGGGUCUUGGCAUUCAUGUGGAUAUUGACACGUACCACCUACCUAAACAUUGUGCAGACCAAGUAUACCCCUUCAUGUAAGAUGGCUGAGGAACUAUAAGUUGUUAAAAUGUGUGAUGUGCUGUUUUAAUAAUAAAUUAAACAUUGUAAUCAUUGGUAAAUAGCUGUGGUAUAAGUGGAAUAACAACAUCCAGACGUGCUGUUAUGUAAAUGUAAAUGUAAAAUAAUCCACUUUUCGGUGGUGUAA